UUCCUGCACAGUCCAGCCUGGCUCCAGGGGGCUGAGAGGAGAAUCAGGGCCAAUCCUACACAGAGACACAAACAAACACAAACAUUUGCACACAGCUAGCCAUCGGGCAGGUCAGUAUGGAUUAUGAGCCCAAGAGAGCAAAGAAGGGCUUUGUUUCACCGAUAAAACGUCUGGUGUUUCCUAAAUCCAGUCGGCGACAGGCAGAAAAAGGCAGUGUGUACCGCAGACCCCUUCACACUGUCCCCCUCUACCCGCCUGACUACCUCAUCCAUCCUGAAAGACUGAUUUAUGACUAUGUGGAGAAGGAGGUCAAAUUCUUGGGACACCUGACAUGGGUGUCAUGUUCCCUGAAUCCAUCAAGCAGAGAUGAGCUGUUGCAGCUUCUGGACACAGCUAGAAAGCUGAGGGUUUUGCCUCUGAAAACCAGCAUGGAGCAGGACUGCAUUCUUAGUCUGUCUGCUCGCUGUCUGCUGCUCACCUGGAGAGACAAUGAAAAAUUGCUGCUGAGAAUCCCCACACAUGAAAUCGCUGCUGCCUCCUAUCUGCGAGACGAUGCACUGCAUCUUCUAGUGCUCAAAACUGGUCUGAAUGUGGACACUGUGUUAGCUGGGGACAGUCUGGAGAAUAGACCGACUGGUUUGGAAAGCAGAAGACAAACUAUAAGCAACACUGACCCUAGACCUGCAGGGGGCACCAUGGAGCGACGCCACACCAUCUGCGGCGUGGACUGGAAGCUCUCCUCUCGCAACGAGCCCAAACAAGUCAGUGUAGGGGGGGGAGGAGGUGGGACUGGUGGCGGAGGAGGUAAUAGUGAUGGUGGCAGCCUUGAGCGGAAACGUGUAAGCGGGAGUUGGGAGCGUAGGCAGACCCGGAAGCCAUGCGGAGGAAGCUGGGAGAAGCGACCGAUGAGUGGGAGCUGGGACCGCCGGCCUGUAGGGGGCAGCUGGGAGCGCCGGGGAGGUGGAGGGGUGGUAGGAGGUAGCUGGGAGAAAAGACAUGGGUCUGGAGCUAAACCGGGUGGGAGCUGGGAGAGGAAACACACACCGGGUGGGAGCUGGGAGCGCAGACAUGGUUGUACUGGGAGCUGGGAGAGGGGGAAGUCCUAUGGAAGCUGGGAGAGGAGGAACCAUAACCCUCUGGAGCCCAUGCCAUGCCCUGAUGCCUACUGUAACCUGGUUAUACUGGCUGUUGAAAACAGGGAUGCUGCAGAAGAGUACUGCGCCCUCAUCUGUCAGAUGUUUCAGAUCAUCUAUGGACAUCAGACCAUCGAGUGUGUCGACAGGGCAGGAUAUCACUACACCAUGCCUGACCGCUAUUGGCUGCAGAGGAGUGACAGCUGCCUCACUGAUAUGACAUAUGGCUAUGAUACAGACUUCAGCUGCUGCAGUUCAUAUGAUGGCUCUCAGGAAGCAUUUGAUCCAUACUACAGUGAGAACUAUAGUGAGGACUCGUCUCUCUCCUGUCAUGACUCUCAUCGAAGCCUGGCCUCCACACACAGCGACUCUGAACCCUGUAACGCCAGUCUGCAGGAAUACAUGAUCAUAUUGAGAAGCAAGCUGACACCUCAGGAGAUUCAGCAGUUUGCUCUGUUCCUGAGAGAAUACAGACUAGGUGCUCCAAUGGAGCAAUUCUGCACUGACCUGCUGGAGCUUUAUGGAGAAUCACGCAAGUUCCUGCUGCUCGGCAUGAGACCAUUUAUUCCAGAUAAGGAUGUAGGAGUCUUCGAGGCAUUUUUGGAGGACAUUGGAAUCCGAGAGGGCGGGAUUUUGACAGACAGUUUUGGGCGGAUCAAGCGAAGCAUGAGCAACACAUCUGCCACAGCAGUGCGCGGCUAUGAUGGCUGGGCAGUCCCCUCCGGCUCCCAGGACUUCAACCGUAGAAUCGAUGACAUCACACAUGACAUCGAGGCCUUGGGCUUCGAGGAGGGAAACGGAGACAUAGAAGAAGAGGACUAUUACCUCUGAAACAACCCGAAAGAAGAUGUACAGAUAAAUUACACACAUAUGUAAAGAAAAUGUUUUUUAAAAAUGCAUUGCCUAAUGGCACUUUUCCACUGCACGUUACGGUUUGACUCAACUCUACUCUGCUCGCUUCUGAGCUUGCUUUUCCACUGCAGUUUAGUGCCACCUCAACGUGGGUGGGAUUAUAGGCUGAUCGUCAUAGCUGCACCGCCUCUACUGCCGUGACAUCAUCUUAAAUGCGACACAAAUAUUACUGACCAUAAACAAUAACACGACAGUUAGCUGUUAGCUACUAGUUCAUUGUGCUGCAUAAAGCAGUUGUUGCAUGGUGAUUUUACAUGAGUGUAUCAGUUAAAUUGGCCUGUUUGUUUUAGAAGCAAGCUUUCCAGUAGCUGGUCAACUAAAUAAAGUGAAGAUUUCAAGCAGAAUAUAGAGUUAAUGUAACAAAAUGUACAAUCCUCCAUCGUUGACUCCAACAACGCCGAGUCCAGGGCAUUCUCCCUCCCAUUGCUCACCAGUCUAUUGCCAUAGAUAGCAUCCAUUUGGUCGAACCACUUCCACUUUCUUCUGUUUGAACCACUCCGGCUGUUGUGGUCCUUGAUGGUUCUGUAGUCACUUAAGUUUUUUUAACUAUUCCCUACACUGUUGGUAGGUCCGGUGGUAGCCAUGUACGGCCAACAGCUGAGACACUUCCUGAAAAACAUUUUUUGUUUUGCGUCGUUUCAUUCAUCACUAAUGAGAGGAACGUCUGCACCUCGUUUAUUGACCACGGUGUGGUUUUGCGCACAGCCAUUUCUUUUACAAUUUGAAAGUCACGUGAACAAAUGAUAUUGCUUUGAAACUAGCGGGUUGAUGUCCCGUGUCACAAAUCCAGUGACACUGGUAGUGACGAUUCUCUCUGACCAAUCAGUGAUCUGCAGGGUUUUGAUGUCACAUUUAGUAUCGGCACGGCUCGCUUGGAAGCUCGACCGAGGUGGUACUAAAAAAAGUACCAGUUACCAGGUACUAUCCACAGUGGAAAACCCCCAAAAAGCGAGCAGAGUCGAGUCGAGUAGAGCUGUACCGUGCAGUGGAAAAGCCCCAUAAGUGUCUUAUCUGUCCCCAAAGGGUGCAUAUCAGUACCUAAAGGUGUAAAAAAGGUACAGUUGGUGUACCGGGUACUGUCUCAGUGACAAACUGUUGUACCCCUUAAGGAACCAUUUUUGCAUAUGUUUUCUAACAAUGUACUGUAUAUUAGAACUGUAGCAUUGGAGAAGUUUUUUAAAGCAGGGUUUAGCUCACAAAUGUUUUAAUAUACAGUGGCCCCAAAUGUAUUUGUACACUUAAGUCACAAGUAAAAAUGAAUUAAUAUUAUUGCAAUAUAAAAAUUUUUUUGGGGGGGGGGGGAGGCUCCUGCUUGAUAAUUUAGCAUCAGAAGUUUCUAAAGGGGGGAACAUGGAAAAUCUAGCAUCCCCCAAUCCCCCUUUAGAUCCGGCCAUAGCUCAAGGACAAUUUUCAUGCAAAAUAUUUCACGAGUUUAAAUGAUGCAUAAAUAAAUAUAUUGUACAAAUGGAA